AUGGCCGAGGCGAUUCACAGCUCAUACCCGCGCUCCCCGAAUCUCUCGACGCGAUCGUACGAUUCCUCGUCCGUCUCGUCUGCCACAUCCCCGCGACCACAUUCCCAGUAUACUGGCGUAAUAAGCCAUAGCUCCCGGCAGCCUCAGCUCACUGCGCACUCUCCGCACCUCGGCGGCAUGCCGUCGCUACCCUCUGUCAACCAUGGCUUCCCGCCGUACUCGCCAGUGCCUUCAGGCAUGAUGGGCCGCGAAUCAAUUGGCUCUAGCGACUCGAUGGGCCAUCAUAGCAGCAUGUCUCUCUCUGGCGGCCUCGGGCCCCAGGCGCAAAAGCGAGCAUAUCGCCAGCGAAGAAAAGACCCCAGCUGCGAUGCUUGCAGAGAGCGCAAGGUCAAGUGCGACGCUACGGAAACUGCCAGCUGCUCAGAGUGCUCGAGCCGCAACGUCAAAUGCCAGUUUACCAAGGAGACGAAUCGACGAAUGUCGUCCAUCAAGCAAGUCCAAGACCUCGAAAAACAAAUUGAACGAGUCAAGCGAGACAAUUCGCAACUGCGGCGCAUGCUCCAAGAUCGAGACGUCUCCAUGGACAUGGAGGGCGAGAAUGGCGACCAGUCGCUGUACCAGAUGCCGGUUAUCGACCCCGAACCGCGACCCAAGCGACGCGGACCGAUAAUGCCUGAACUGAGCAGAGCGAGGUUGAACCUUCGCGGCGCAGCGAAAGGAGUGUGGAAGCCUCCUCAAAUGCAUCGCUACUUGUCGAGUCAGCCGAGAGAGUGUGCCAUCCCCGAACUGCCACCCAGAGCCUUGGCAGAUCAGCUCCUGCACACAUACUACAAUUCGCUUCACACCAUGUUCCCGAUCAUUCAUCUGCCCACCUUUCGCGCAACGGUGGACGAUUUGUACCGGAACCCCCGCGCUCCGGCACCUGCUGGCUGGCUUUCCAUGUUUUUCGCUGUUUUGGCUGCUGGCGCUCUGUUCAGUCUCGAUCCCCCGACCUCGACCACGCGCGUGGCUGAGCUGCUCGACACAGCUCGCAGCCUGGUCGACCCGUGGAACAAUUCAUUCACGCUUGAUGACGCACGCACCUAUGUUCUCGUUGCCAUUUGUUUGGAUGAAAUGAAUUUGAAGUCGGCAGCCUGGAACUGGCUGGGCAAUGCUAUCCGCGCCGGGCAGGAUUUGUGUUUAUACACUGACACUGAGAACUUCCCCAUCGUCGAGGGUGAAAUGCGUUGUCGAACCUGGUGGGCCAUGUAUGUGCUAGAUCGGACCUUGUCGACCGAGCUUGGCCACCCUUGCUUAAUCAACGACGCCGACUGCGAUGCGCGUUUGCCGGCUGCGGUGGAUGAUCAUUACGUCCGCGACAACGGAAUGCAUGUCCCUAACGGUGCCGAGCCUUUGACACAUUCUCUGCUAGCAAUCAUUCACGUUGUACGGUCGUACACGUCUGUCUUGAAAGCCAUUGACAGCACUAAAGUCCCAUCCGCGCACCUUUCGGCCUUUGACGGCCACUUUCGCAAAUGUCUCAAUACAUUUCCACCAGCCUGCGAUCCCUCGAGCACAGUGGCAUUGGCUCCGCACUUUUUGCCACCGCUGGCUUACUUACUGCACAUCCGCCUGUUGUUGCACAGACACAACCUUGCUCCUAGCUGCAGCCCGGAAGCUCGAUUCGCGGCUGUAGAGGCCUGCACGCAUAUUGCCAUGGAGACGGCUUCCCUGAUUGCCAGAACCAAUGCUCCGGCCGAGGGAGCGACGGCACUACUGGCGACGCAUCUGUUUCGCUGCACUUUGUUCCUGCUGAUGGCCGGGCAAUUUGACCAAGCAAUCACCUGCACGCGAGCACUCAGCUCCAUCGAGGGACUCCGCGAUGUAGUGACGCCUUGCGGACGUUAUAUCGCCUUUUUCGUUAAUGUCCUCAAUUCAAAACGCGCGGAGCACGCCAGCCACAUUGCCCGGACUACUGGUUCCACUUCGAUUCCGCAAUCCCGAGCUCAGGCUGACAACUCUGCUCUCCUUCUAUCGCUUACCAGAGAUGAGGAGCUUUUGGUCUAUGUAUCUGCCGACACCCAAGCCGCACCGUCAAGAACCUGGGUUUGGACCAUGGUUGAGCGAUCUGAGCCACCAGCGACGAGCUCGCCGCUGCCCCCAGGAGCUCCAACAAGCUCAAUUUUCCAGUCGGAGCAGCGCACCGGCCUAACCAAGCGCGAACAACGAGAAUGGGGUGGAUGGCCUCAUCUCGAAUCCUCUGUUAGGUCUCUCACUUCGCACAAUGCAGGGUGGACACCAAUGCCGGCACAUAAGAUCAAGAGCGAGUCUCCAGGAUCAGCCGGAGUUGAUCAUGCCAAACAUUCGGAGCCUCCCCGAUUCACGUCGGAACACAAUUACGGACGUGGCGCUGACCAUAGCCCGUCUCCGAUCGUGCAGAAGAAAGUCAACGACCGCUUGAGCAUCGCCAACAUUAUUUAG